CCUUCCGGCCUUGCCGCGGCUCUGUCAACAUGGCAGCGGCGCCGGGCGGGCGGCCGGGCUGCCUCCUCUGGGCGGCAGUGGUUGCACAUGUGGUGGCGUCAGGUGCGGGUUUUGUGGAGGAUCUAGAUGAGUCGUUUAAAGAAAACCGUAAAGAUGAUAUUUGGCUUGUGGAUUUUUAUGCACCUUGGUGUGGCCACUGUAAGAAACUGGAGCCUGUGUGGAAUGAAGUGGGCAUAGAAAUGAGAAACAUGGGUUCUCCAGUAAAAGUUGGGAAGAUGGAUGCAACUUCCUUUUCUAGUAUUGCAUCUGAAUUUGGAGUGCGAGGCUAUCCAACAAUUAAGCUCUUGAAAGGUGACUUGGCCUACAACUACAGAGGACCUAGAACCAAAGAUGAUAUAAUUGAAUUUGCUAAUAGAGUGGCAGGACCUCUCAUCAGGCCACUUCCUAGCCAGCAUAUGUUUGAGCAUGUGCAAAAGAGACAUCGUGUACUUUUUGUGUAUGUUGGUGGUGAAUCUCCUUUAAAGGAAAAAUACAUUGAGGUUGCUUCAGAACUAAUAGUUUAUACAUACUUUUUUUCUGCCUCAGAAGAUGUGCUGCCUGAGUAUGUGACAUUGCCUGAAUUACCUGCUGUUAUGGUCUUCAAAGAUGGAACUUACUUUGUUUAUGAUGAGUAUGAAGAUGGUGAUUUGUCAUCCUGGAUAAACAGAGAAAGAUUUCAAGGCUACCUUCAUGUAGAUGGCUUUACUCUGUAUGAACUUGGAGAUACAGGAAAACUUGUGGCUAUCGCAGUCAUUGAUGAUAAAAACUCUUCAGUGGAACAUACCAGAUUAAAGUCGAUUAUUCAGGAAGUUGCCAGAGAUUAUCGGGAUCACUUUCACAGGGAUUUCCAGUUUGGCCAUAUGGAUGGAAAUGAUUACAUUAAUAGUUUACUAAUGGAUGACUUGACAAUCCCUACUAUUGUUGUAUUGAAUACCUCCAAUCAGCAAUAUUUUCUACCAGAUAGGCACAUUGAGAGCACAGAAGACAUGGUUCAAUUUAUUAACAAUAUCCUGGAUGGUACAGCUGAAGCACAGGGUGGUGAUGGACUUCUGCAAAGAAUCAAGAGAAUAAUCUAUGAUGCCAAGUCUACUAUAGUGUCUGUGUUCAAGAGUUCACCACUGCUGGGAUGCUUUCUCUUUGGGUUACCCCUGGGGGUCAUCAGCAUCAUGUGUUAUGGAAUCUGCACAGCUGAUACAGAGGGAGAGGUGUUUGAGCAUGAGGGAGCCAAAAAGGAAAGUGGUGAUCGAGAGCUCACAGAUGAAGGCAGUGAGGAAGAACAAGAGGAGGAAAAGAAUGGAAAAUACACAGAACUUUCAGAUGGAGAGCUUAAACAGAAAGACAUUAUGGAAAAGAAAAAAGACUAACUUGUUUAGCAAGAGAAUUCUCUAGAAUUUCCAAAUAGACUUAUUUAUUGGCGGUUGUCAUUUAUUGGUUAUCUUCAUGAAAGAGGAUCGUUUUAUCUGCAUAAUGGUAGUUUUGACUUGCAUGUAUUCACAUUUUCUCAGAAAUUGACAGAAAAAAAUGGAUGUUCUCUUAAUUGUCCUUAGUAGAUUAACAAAGAGCAAUUUAAACUGAAGAAAUUUUCAGAUACAGUUCUAUACCAUUUUUGUAAGAGUUUUGAAUUGUUCAUUUCCAAAACAGAGAUAAUGUUACUUGACCUUACUAUAUGUGAUGAACUGCUAUUAAUAUAGCCCAGCUAUGCACUGAAUCAUAUAAAAUUAAAGCUGAAAACAAGGAAAAGUUAA